CUUUCGUUGAGCUGAUUGAAGAGGAGAACGAGCAGGUCAUCGAGCUCGUCGUCGAACGUAAAGCAGAGACUCGGCGUUAUCCGGAGCCGAUUCGUUAUUGAAGCGCCGGCAUUACUUACAAGGGGCUUAAGCGGGAGGUGCUAACAGUAUAUCUUACAGACCUCCAUCUCGGGACCAUCCCUAGCUUCGCCGCCUACUCUGUCCUUACCUAGGGACCUUGUCUCUACACUUGCACCACUCUGCUCCCGUAGUGUUUAUCUGCUCUCUGCAGCUUUCUAAACUAUACCAGUAGACACUGUCGCUAUGAUAAGUACCUGCUUAUCCUUGUUCCCGGGGGGAAGCUAAUUGUAUUCUUGUCGUAUCCACAGUUCCCCAGGCAAACGUCGGAUUGAGACCGAUGUUAUGAAGUUAUUGAUGUCGGACUAUGAGGUUAGCCUUGUAAACGACAAUAUGCAAGAGCUCUAUGUUCGCUUCCACGGUCCCGCAGAGACACCUUUCGCUGGUGGCGUAUGGAAGAUCCAUGUUGAGCUUCCGGAUCAAUACCCCUUCAAGUCUCCAAGUAUUGGCUUCAUGAACAAGAUUUUCCAUCCGAACAUAGAUGAAUUGUCAGGAUCUGUGUGUCUAGACGUCAUCAACCAGACAUGGUCGCCCAUGUUCGACAUGAUCAAUAUCUUCGAAGUCUUCCUUCCACAAUUGCUUCGUUACCCAAACCCUAAUGAUCCUCUUAACGGUGAAGCGGCUGCGCUUCUGAUGCGACAUCCGAAGGAAUACGAUGUGAAAGUCAAAGAGUACGUACAACGUUUCGCAACGAAGGAAGCUGCGGACGCUGCAGCAGACAACGAAGAGGAAGAGGACGAUGAGGAGAUGAGUGAUAUCGGAAGUAUAAGUGACGACGAGGAAACGGGACACAUGGCCCACUAGUUCUGCUUCCUUUUUGCAUUGUCAUGACUGAUAUGACUACCCUUCAUCUUCACUACUACCAUUUUUGCAUUGAGCCACUUACAAGUUACCAUUCAUCCUCUUUAUUUUUGGCAACCCUUCUGCCUUGUAUGUAACAUCACCUUCUCCUACGGAGUCAUAUAUUCGGCUAGUAUUGUUGUAGAUCACUAUGUACCAUCUUCGUCACUCAGUAUCAACCAUACCACUACUCUCGGCGUGCCCUAUUGUUCCCUGCGGCCACAACGCGCUUGGCCAAUCUAAAUUGGGACGCCUAUUGGUAUCAUGAGACCAUACGACCACGGAGGCGGGAGGUGUCCAAGAAAUAACACUUGACACGAUGCCAGUAGUAUAAUGUCUAACUUGGUGUGGGCCACGAAUCGGGCGGCGAACUAGCCGCAGUGGCUGUAGGAGGCGAAAUGGGUUGAACAAGGUCAUUCACCUUCUUCUGAACCUCGCUAGCG